AUGCUCUACGACAGAUUAUUAGUGCAUCAAUGCAAAAAACUUUCUAGUCUGAUUGAAAAGCCAUUUGAUAUUCACGUCUUACUGUCAACGCUAUCUUUUGAGGCACCCAAGUAUCAUAUCACACAUUUUCUCCGUUUCAUGUGGUCCCAGAAUGCCGAUUCACGCAUUGCAAACGCUGAUGUUGCUAUCAUUUCAGCCAAAGGGAUUCAAGAAGCUCAUGCGAAGCUCCAUAAAGCUUUGGGAAGCUUUCUGCGGAGUAGGGAACGAGCAGCUGAUACAAUUGAAAAAGAUGGAAUGAUGAGUCUCGUCUUCAACUUAGUCACUCUGCAGGACGCCGCAAACAGCAUUGAGAUUGCUGCUGAUACAAAGCGUAACAAUACCAGUAUGAAUGCGAUUGCUGCAAUGACCAUGGUCUUUCUACCGGGUACUUUUACGGCAACUAUACUGGAUGCCGGGAUAUUUUUCACCAAUAACAAUGGGCACGGGAUUCGUGUCUCCAGUCUUUGGUGGCUCUGGGUAGCAUUACCGCGCCGCUAA